CUCAAUUUUCCGACCAGGAGGUAACUGAUCAAUGUGUGAAAACUGUUUCUUAUAGUCACGCAAGAUAAAUAAAAAGGCUAUUGCAUGAUGGUUGUGAUCGGAUCUCGAUCAGAUCCAAAGCAAAAACACAAGAAUUCCCAUGUGUACAUCGUGUCCCAAUAAUCUAUUGAAUUUUCAAAUCUAUCCACGAAAACGACUUCCACUUCCUCCAUUAAUAUCUCUCACCAUUAUAACACCCCUCUCUCUCCCUCCAUGCAUUUUACCUCUUUCUAUUUAUUAUAAAAAGAAAUUUCUUGAAACUAAAUAAAUAAAUAAAAAAGUCACUCUCUCUUUUUCAGUUCCUCCAAAAACAAUGGCUAAAACAUCUUCUGCUCAAGAUGGAAGCAAUCCCCUUUUCUCUCCUUACAGCAUGGGCAAAUUCAAUCUCUCUCACAGGAUAGUAUUGGCUCCGAUGACAAGGUGCAGAGCACUAAACAGUAUUCCACAAGCAGCCUUGGGGAAGUAUUAUGCACAAAGAGCAACGAAUGGUGGAUUUCUCAUCACUGAAGGCACGAUGAUUUCUCCCACUUCUGCUGGGUUUCCACAUGUGCCAGGGAUAUUCACAAAGGAGCAAGUAGAGGCAUGGAAGAAAAUAGUUGAUGUAGUGCAUGCAAAGGGAUCUGUUAUAUUUUGUCAAUUGUGGCAUGUUGGUCGUGCUUCUCAUGAAGUGUAUCAACCUGAUGGAGCUGCACCAAUAUCAUCCACUGAGAAGCCAAUAUCAAAGAGGUGGAGAAUACUAAUGCCUGAUGGAACUCAUGGGAUUUAUCCAAAACCAAGAGCAAUAGGAACCUAUGAGAUCUCACAAGUGGUUGAAGAUUAUCGCAGGGCGGCAUUAAACGCUAUUGAAGCAGGUUUUGAUGGUAUUGAAAUCCAUGGAGCUCAUGGUUACUUGAUUGACCAAUUCUUGAAAGAUGGGAUCAACGACCGGACAGAUGAGUAUGGUGGAUCACUAGCCAACCGGUGCAAAUUCAUGAUGCAGGUGGUUCAAGCAGUUGUUACAGCAAUAGGUGCUGAUCGCGUAGGUGUGAGGAUGUCACCAGCAAUAGAUCAUCUUGAUGCCAUGGAAUCGAAUCCACUCAGCCUAGGCUUAGCAGUUGUCGAAAGACUAAACAAGAUCCAAAUCCAUUUUGGAUCCAAACUGGCCUAUCUUCAUGUAACUCAGCCAAGAUAUGUGGCCUAUGGGCAAACCGAAGCAGGAAGACUUGGAAGCGAAGAGGAGGAGGCGCGUUUGAUGAGGACUUUGAGAAACACCUAUCAAGGGACAUUCAUUUGCAGUGGUGGAUACACUAGGGAGCUAGGAAUUGAGGCUGUGGCACAAGGUGAUGCUGAUCUUGUGUCAUAUGGCCGUCUUUUCAUCUCUAAUCCUGAUUUGGUUAUGCGAUUCAAGCUUAAUGCACCUCUAACUAAGUAUAAUAGGAAGACAUUCUAUACUCAAGAUCCAAUUGUGGGAUACACAGAUUACCCUUUCUUUCAAGGAAAUGGAAACCAAGUACCUUUAUCGCGUCUAUGAGAAGAGCAGUAGUAUUUUGUAUGAACUAUGAAGCCUGAUUUUGUUGGGCACUUUAUUACUUGGUAAAUAAUGUAUUCUUAAGCUGUAUAUGCAUCAAUGUGAGGUUUUGCUCUUUUAGAGCCAAGUGCCAGCCAAGCUUCCUCAAGUCGGCUAUAAGAGUCGUUAUGGAAUAGCCUUUUAGUCGGCUUUCUUGUUCUUAAGGACUUUCUGCCGAUGAAGGUGAAUUUUUCAGAGAAAUUUGUACUAUUAAAACAAUAGGUUUGACCACUGAUGAGAAUGCUGUAAAAUUACCGUUCUUGUUAA